CUUCCCCUUUCCUCGCCAUUCUCUUCUUUAUCUGCCCUGUUCGGCUUUCUAACUAAAUAUCCUCAUUCCGCGUUUGCGUUUCGAAACGCUCCCCUUCAGUGCGUUUGCGAUCAGGGUUCUUGUUCGAGUGAUUCUUUCAUCGAAGUCGCCAUUGUUCUGGUCUGAAAAUGGAGCUUGAGUACAGAAACCGGCCAAAAUACGAUACCCUUUUGUUCGAUCUUGAUGAUACCCUUUAUCCCCUCAGCUCCGGCAUUGCAAGAGAAUGUGGACAGAACAUCAAAGAUUACAUGGUGGAGAAGCUCGGAAUUGAGAAGAGUAAGAUACCAGAACUGUCCAAUUUGCUCUACAAGAACUACGGAACCACCAUGGCGGGUCUCCGAGCUAUCGGUUACAACUUCGAUUACGAUGAAUACCACAGCUUCGUCCAUGGAAGAUUACCAUACGAGAACAUUAAACCGGACCCGGUUUUGAAGAGUCUUCUACUCAGUCUCCCUCUCCGAAAAGUCAUAUUCACGAACGCUGAUAAGUUGCAUGCAGCAAGAGCGCUCGAGAGGCUCGGGUUACAGAACUGUUUCGAAGGAGUCAUCUGCUUCGAAUCUCUGAACCCUCCUAAUGCCAAGAACGUUACAGAUUCUCACGACCAGAACAGUAACGAAGUUGAGAUCUUUGACAUUAUCAGACAUUUUUCAGAUCCAGAACCGAACCUGUCUGCGUUACCGAAGACGCCCAUUUUCUGCAAACCAUCAGAAACCGCCAUGGAAAAGGCUCUGGAGAUUGCAAACAUCGACCCUCAAAGAACGCUGUUCUUCGACGACAGUGUCAGGAACAUACAAGCCGGUAAACGUGUCGGUUUACACACUGUUCUUGUGGGUACUUCACAGAGAGUGAAAGGAGCAGAUUAUGCAUUGGAGAGCAUCCACAACAUCAAGGAAGCUUUGCCGGAGCUCUGGGAAUCCGCCGUGAAGGCCGGCAAAGUCAGAUAUUCCGGCAAACUCGCCGUGGAAACUCCGGUGAUAGCUUAAGGUCUCCGAUUUGAAGAAGCUUUUUGUUCAUUUGCAAAAAUCUUUUUAUCUGUAAUCUCUGUCUUGUAUAUAUUUAGUUUCUUCUAAUAAAAAUAUGAGCUCGAGGUUUUAAAUAAUUUA